CCCGCGGCACGGUGCUUGUGUUGCUGCCCAAUGAUUAACCACCGGAGCGAUAAAGCGAAGGAGAGAGAGAGAGAGAGACGCCGCGGCCUCAGCGAGGGGGAAGUCGAGUAAAGAGGAAGGAACGCCGACCCGACGGUGGCCGUCGGGGAGAUAAAGAGGAAGAGGCCCGACGCCUCAGCAAGAGGGUUUAGUUUGCUUUGAGUCCGGCGUCUCCAUGGAGGCGGGAAGGGCCGUGGAGCUGAGCGACGGCACCGUAUGCCCUUCUGGGAUUUCGGGACGUGGAAGGGCUCCCGUCCGCCCCGCGCCUCGCCGCAGGGCGCGGUGGAGGCCGCCAUCGCGGCGGGCUACCGCCACAUAGACACCGCCCGCCUCUACGGCAACGAGGCGCACGUCGGCGAGGCCCUGCGCUCCAAGAUGCGGCAGGGCUUCGUCCGCCGCCGCGACAUGUUGGUCGUCGCCAAGCUGUGGUGCACCCACCACGCCCCAGAGGACAUCCCCACAUGCCUGAAUAAGUCCCUGAAGGAUCUGCAGCUGGACUACCUGGACCUUUACCUGGUGCAUUUCCCCGUCGGCCUGAAGAAAGUGGGCGACGAGCUUUUCCCACAGAAGGACGGACGGGUGCUGACGUCUGACGUGGACUACGUGGACGUGUGGAGGGGGAUGGAAGCCCUGAAAGCCUCGGGGAAGGUGAGGAGCAUCGGCGUGUCCAACUUCAACAGGCUGCAGCUGGAGAGACUCGUCGCCCUGUGCAGAGAACCUCCUGCCGUCAACCAGGUUGAGCUUCAUCCCUACCUGGCGCAGACAGAGAUGAUAGAGUUCUGCAGAUCCAAGGACAUCGCCGUGACCGCCUUCAGCCCCCUUGGACCCCCAGAGACGUCCAGAGGAGAUGGGGAUCCAGAGAAGCUCCUGGAGGACCCCGUGGUGGCAGAUAUAGCCCAGAAGCACAGACGCAGUCCUGCACAGAUACUGCUGCGGUACCACGUGCAGCAGAGCGUUGCAGUCAUCCCAAACAGCGACAACCCCCAUCGCAUCAUGCAGAACACCAAGAUCUUUGACUUCAGUCUGACCGACGAGGACACGAGGGCACUGAGAGGACUGGACCGCGGCCGGAGGACCUUCACGCUCGAAGAAGUCCAGUCUCAUCCGUACUACCCCUUCGCAUGAGGAGAGGAGAGACGCCGUCUUCUAUCACCACGGCAACGAGGCUGGAGAGCAGCUGCAGGCGGCGCCACGCGCCGGGGAUCCUCCAGGCCUCGUUUGCUUAAUCCUCAAAGUGAAAACGGCCCUUUAAGAACGUGAUGUAACAAAGACCAGGUUGUCCGUCAGAUUUUGUAAUGAAUAAAACUGCACGUUUGUCUCAA